UUUACUCUGUUUCUGAUCUGAUGUUUGGAGAAAGAUUCACGCGUUUUGGAGGGUUUCAAGGAGAUUUUAACUUGGGACGAGCUCUUCCUCUUCCUCCUCCUGAUUUUGGUUCUGAUGGGUUUCUUACAAAGAGUCCAGACACAAACCCGUUUCUGAAGAAUCAGUGUUACAACAACAAAACUGGUGAUGCUCUGGAUUUGUGUAGAAAGCUUAACAAAAUGGGUAUCUCUUGUGACAUGAGCAUCUGGACCAAACCUGAAGAAGAACCUUUCCGGGUCGACCCGGGUGAUUUUGGGCCUAGAGCUAGAACUCUUCAUGGGUCUUCUGGGUUUGAGCAGGAGGAUCUGACUGGAGGAGCUGCUUCUCAGAUUCAUCAUGAUGGGUUUCGCAACUUUUCCUCUGUUCGUCUGCAAAACAACAACUUUCAUGGAGCUUCUUCUCCGGAAGAGCUUAGAUUGCUUGGCUUUCAAGGUUCCUUUAACCCAAAUGGGUAUGAAGAGACGAUGGCUUCUAAGACUCACAGAGAUUUCCUCUUCGACCAUAUCCAUCAACCCAUAAAGCGUUCUCCUCGUCUCAGAGGCAACAACGGUGCUUUCAAGGGUUCGUUGAUGUUUGAGGGAUUUAGGGCUUCUCAAACCCUAGCCGCCAUGGAAGGUUCUGGAGCUUAUUAUCCAGAAGAUAGUUCUCAUCUGAUGAGAAGGUAUCCAGAGGAUACUCUGAUCGGUCAAGGCUCUUAUGAUAGGAUGAGUCCAAAGAGCAGUAUUGAUUUGCCUUUGCCUCUGAGUCUCGUCUCCGUGGUUGAUGUGUACGGAUCUGUGAUCUUAAUGGCCAAAGAUCAGACUGGUUGUCGAGUAUUGCAGAAAUUAGUUGAUGAAGGAACGUUUCUUGAGACUAAUGUUAUAUUCCUUGAGAUUAUUGACCAUGUCGUUGAACUCUCCAUGGAUCCUUUUGGGAACUACAUUGUCCAGAAGCUUAUAGAUGCCUGUGAUGAGGAACAGAGAACGUUGAUUGUUAGUGUGCUGACAUCAAAACCAAGGGAGCUUAUCAAAAUCUGCCUCAACGCUUAUGGGACAAGAGUUGUACAGAAGAUGAUUGAAACAGUGAGAACAAAACAUCAGAUGGCAUUGGUCAAGUCAGGUCUCAAACCAAGCUUUCUCGCUCUUGUUAAAUAUUUGAAUGGCAACCAUGUGAUUCAAAGCUGCCUUCAGUCCCUUGGCCCUAAUGACAACAAGUUUGUGUUAGAAGCUGCUACAAAGCACUGUGCUGAGAUUGCAGUUCAUCGCCACGGAUGCUGUGUUCUGCAAUGCUGCGUUGCAAACUCUGUUGGACCGCAACAUGAGAGACUCGUUGCUGAGAUAUCAAGAAACGCACUUCGCCUUUCACAGGAUCCUUUUGGGAACUAUGUGGUGCAGUUCUUAAUAGAGCAAAAAUUUUCUGCAGUGAAGUUGCUAGUUCAGUUUAGAAAUCACUACGCCGAGCUAGCGACUCAGAAGUUUAGUAGCCAUGUGAUUGAGAAGUGUCUAAGGGAGUAUCCAGAGAGUCGUUCUGAGAUUGUCCGCGAGCUCCUCUCUAGUCCAGAUUUUGAAUAUCUUCUGCAGGAUCCUUAUGCGAACUAUGUGAUCCAAACCGCACUCUCUGUAACCAAAGGAGCUGUUCGUGCUAAACUGUUGGAGAAGGUUUACAGAUUCGGGAAACUACGGUCGAGCCCUUACUGCAAGAAGAUUUUCUCCAAGACUAUCUUGAAGAAGUGACCUUAAUUAGUAACUAAAAGCUGUUGUUGUCCUUCUUUUGUGUUUCAAGAUCAUAUAGGGCUAUAGAGAUAACACUGCCCUGCCCUUAAUGUUUUUGUUGUUGGUCUCCCUUUUUGUAGUGACAACAACUUUUGUCAAACCAGAACUACUUGUUAGUCUGUGUUUUAGGCCAUGUACUCUUUAAUCUUUAAUUAUAUAUAUAACUUAAAGAGACCACACUGGUUCUCUCUGUCUCUCUUUUGCAUUAUUUGGGAACUCAAAAACACACAACAGAAACAACAACCAAGGUUUUGGAAGAACAGAAUCAAAAGAUUUUAAA